AUUGGAAAGUGAUCGAGAUUCGUGUUGUAAAGUUGAUGAUGCUGAAAAGAUUCCCAGGUUGCCUUAUAUAUAUAUUAUAAGAAGUAGAAUUAAAUAAUGCAAAAAACUCAUUCAAGGCAAAAUGGGGACCGAAGCUUCAGCGAGACUUGUCAGCUUUACUAUUACAAGUAUAUGCCUCUUCUCUACUCUUUCUCAGCUUGGUUCUGAAUUCAAAUGUCAGAGUAUAGCUCAAAAGUUGCCCGAUGAAGAAGCGGAAGCUCUUCAGCUAGUAAAUUACUUGAAGUCAAACAAUCAAAUGUCUUAUAUACACUGCAAUAAGAGCAGUAAUGAUCCCAUCAAAUGUGACUGCAGUUUUCAAAACCGCACGAUUUGCCACGUCACAGAAAUCUUUCACAUUUUGAGUGACAGUGCACUGAUGGGUAGUGGUUUGACUGGAGUUAUACCUAAAGAACUAGGCAAUCUCAGACAUCUGAGGGAACUGGAUCUCAGUAACAAUCAAUUGAUUGGUUCUAUACCCGCUAGCUUGGGAAAGUUAUCUUCGCUUUACAAGCUGGAUCUCAGUAACAAUCAAUUGACUGAUUCUAUACCCGCUAGCUUGGGAAAUUUAUCUUCACUUUCCAUGCUGAAUCUUUACAAAAAUCAAUUGACCGGAUCCAUUCCAGCGAGUUUGGGAAAUAUGAAACUUCAAGUCCUCAUGGAUCAUACUUCGAGCCGCAAUAUGGCUGUUACCUUCGAACUGGAUCUUUCAUACAAUCAAUUAAGUGGAUCCAUACCAGUUGUCUCUGCUGUGGCAUCUGAUCCAGAUGCCAACCGACUCUUGAAGCUUAAGCAAUACGAUAGGGCUGCUGUUUAUUCAGAUUUCUACCUGGAUCUUUCACACAAUCAACUAACUGGUCCUAUACCAGAGAGCUUAGGGAAUUUGACUUUCAUCAGUUAUAUUGAUCUGGCGAACAACUGUCUCAACGGCUCUAUACCAGCAUCUUUGGGUACACUGACUUAUCUGCGUCAACUGCGUCUGAGAAACAAUGGAAUCUCUGGUACUCUCCCACAAACACUAGGAAAUUUGACAGUCCUUGAAUUCUUCGGGGUCGCAUCUAACAGUAUCACUGGGACAGUACCAAAAAGUUUUGCCAGCCUUCCGAAUCUGUAUGGAUUUUCAAUAUCUGGUAACUAUUUGUCUGGCCCUUUUCCUGACUUCAUAGCCAACUGGACUUCAAUCGUAUAUCUAUCUCUCAAUGGAAACAAUUUCAACGGGAAAAUACCUGCCGGAAUUUUUAAUUUAUCACUGCUAGAAUUUUUGUCAAUAAGUGAUGUCGAAGCAGACUCUCAUUUUCAGUUCCCACCAUCCAUAAAUGUGGCGAAAAGUUUUUGUAUAUUGAUACUAAGAAACUGCUCAAUCACUGGUCAAAUUCCUUCUUACAUUGGAAGUAUGUCAUCAUUAACGAACAUUGAUUUGAGCUUCAACAACUUAACGGAGAGAAUCCCAGAUUCUUUGAAACACUUAAAUUUGAGUUACAUGUCUUUUUCAAACAAUAUGCUUUCUGGGAAAAUUCCUGAUUGGAUUCAAAAUGCUUCAAAAUGGAUUAAGAUGGAUUUUUCAUACAAUAAUUUUUCAAAGCUAACCUUUAAACCGUCACCCAAUCUGAAUUUGUUUUCCUGCUGCUGCAACUCCUCAACCUGUCUGCCAAAUACAGAAUACCCAACCAAGGAGAAGUAUUGUCCCCGGGGAAAACAUGAUUACCAUUCAUUGUUCAUAAAUUGUGGUGGUGAGGAAACACAUGAUGCUGUUGGAAAUGUUUAUGAUCAAGAUAAUGAUACGUCAGUAUUUUACCUGAGUCCAAAAAGAAACUGGGCUCGAAGUAGCGUUGGAAACUGCUACGACUCUAUUUCCAAUGGCAAUUCUAGUAAAUUGUUAAAAAGCAUUAGAUGUGGGCUUUCAUCUGAAGCACAUUUAUACGAUAAUGCUCGCACUUCCCCUGUCUCUCUCAAAUAUUACGGGUUCUGUUUACAUAAAGGCAAAUACAAUGUAACACUUCACUUUGCUGAGAUUGUUGAUGAGGUUACAGAUAUUCAUGAGGUUAUUGAUUUUAGAAGUACGAGUAAACGAGUAUUUGAUGUAUAUAUUCAGGGCGAGAGAAAACUAAAGGAUUUCAACAUUAUAGACAAGGCAGGACGUACGAAUGAAGAAUAUAUGAUAAAUUUCACGGCUGUUGAUGUAAAUGAUGGUACAUUAGAGAUCCACUUCUACUCUCGAUCGGCUGGAGUAGGCACACUUGAUGGACCUCUCAUAUCUGCUAUAUCCGUAACUACAGAGUACAAGCAACGACUAUCUUCUUUGCAAAUAGCGCUCAUUACUGUGGCUUCAAUCAUAGUUUUCUUGUUGCUUUUAUUACUUUUUGCCUGGAUGAUGGGAUGGCUGGGGAAUACAGAUCACUUACAAGAAAUAGAUAUAGGUAUAGAAAAUCCUGUCACCCUCAAACAAUUAAAAGAUGCCACUCGGAAUUUUAGCAAGAGGAAUGAGAUUGGUCAAGGGGGUUUUGGAACCGUUUACAAGGCUGAAGUGCAAGGGAAAAUUGUGGCCGUGAAGAAACUUUGGUCUCAUUCAGAGGAAAGGAUCAAUGAGUUCAUAAAUGAAUUUUAUACCUUAAAAUCAAUGAGUCAAGAGAACCUUGUUCAGUUGCUGGACAUUUACAACGCAAAAGGCUUGCAUUUGCUCAUCUAUGAAUAUAUGGAGAACAACUCCCUUGCACAUGCAUUAUUUGACUCAAAGUCCAGAUUGAAUCUUGAUUGGAAAGUUAGGUUUAACAUUUGCUUGGGAAUAGCUAGGGGAUUGAUGUAUCUACAUGAGCAUCCCAGGAUGAAGAUAGUUCACAGCGACAUUAAAUCCGCUAAUAUUCUUCUUGAUGGAAACCUUAAGGCUAAAAUAUCAGACUUUGGAUUGGCAAGACUUCACACCAAAGAUGAUGAAUUCAAGUUCAUCAAAGUAGAAGUGCCACAAGGAUAUAUGGCACCUGAGUAUGUUCGAGGAAUUGUGACAUCUAAAGCUGAUGUCUACAGUUUUGGGGUGGUUAUACUUGAAACUGUUAGUGGAAGGACAAAUGCAGGACACAGGGGAGAUAGCCAGGAAAGUGAAUUUCUUCUAGACACGGCUUAUGAUUUACAUCGAAAAGGAAGGCUGGUGGACUUGGUUGACAAAACUUUGUCUACCAAGUAUGAUGCAAAACAAGCCAUAAUCAUCUUGAAUUUAGCAGUAAAGUGCACCAGUAUAUCUCCAACACUGCGGCCUACUAUGUCUGAAGUAGUGAGUGUUCUCGUUGGCGACAAAAAAAUUGAGGAGAUUUGUUCCCCUGCUCUUAAUGAUAGUCACCUUGCUCGAGUUGAUUUCUCUGUUUCUAUGGAAGCAACUUCGAGAGCAUCCACAUCAUCCUAUUUGAUCAAAGGGGAAGAUGAAACAAAACACAUUUCUGAGAGUACCCCCUUGAGACUCCCAAAUGAAACAUGGUAAUCUAGCCAAAUGUUUGUGUCUAUUUCCUUUUCCUUGUUUUCGGACUUGAUGCACUCUACCGCGAUCUGUAUUGAACAUGUUUAAAAUCUUAGAACAAAUUUAUGGGUAUGAAACAUUAGAGAGUUUAUGCUUUUAAGGCAUGUUAUAUGACAAGAUCCGCCCCGGAUUUCACUCUAUACUUCCCCUAAAAGAGGACAACCCAAAAUAACAAACCUGAAUAAGAAGACUUUAAACCAAAGAUCACAAUUCAAAAAUACUCAAUCCGACUAAUAUCAUAUCAUAGCACGAUCGUAGCGUUCCAGAUGGCUUGUAGGGGAUGGUAAAUCUGUCACGUUUUGGUCGGAUCAUUGGCUCGAUACUCCUCUGCUUGACAAGCUUCAAGCUCAACACUUUCCUGCACCGUUAAUGACUAAAGUGGAGUCUUUUAUAUCUGGUCAGCAAUGGGUCUUACCACAUAGCUUUGUUACUUCUUUUUCCUACUUUGGAUACUGAAAUUCUUCAUACACCUCUUCCCAUUGACUCAACACCUGAUCUCUUAAUUUGAGAAAAUUCUAGCUCUAGGCAGUUUUCUUUUUCAGAGGGUUAUGAGCUUAUUCGCCAGCGCCUAGCAUUAACUAAUUGGGCAACAAAGAUAUGGCGGCAUUUCAUUCCUCCACGUUACUCUAUGCUAGUGUGGCGUCUCUUGCAUAACAAGUUGUCCACUGAUGAUCAACUUCAAAGACAUGGCAUUCCUAUGGUCUCUGUUUGUCAGCUCUGUUAUUUUGGCUAUUUGGAGAACUCAGAUCACUUUUUUAUCUCAUGCACCUUUGCUCAACGUACAUGUUUGGCGAUGGUUGGCAUGUUGCUUGGGGACUUCAUUGCCUUCUAAUGGUUCUAUUGGUGAUUUUCUAAACUCAAUCACAUGUAAGCCUUUUUCUCCUCAACUGAAAAAUCUUUGGAUUGGUGUCUGUCUUUAUGUAUUGAUGGAUAUGGAAGACACGCAAUAGGCUAUGCUUUGAUGAUAAACCUCAUUCUCUUAUGAGAGUUUUUCGGUCCACUAAAGCUUGGCUUUGUUUCGCUACUCCCCACAUGCCCGGUCACUCAAGUGGUAUUUUAGAUAAUAAUUUAUUGAUUGGUUUGGGUAUUCAGCCUACCUCAAGGUCUCACAUUGCUUCAAGAUUGGUUCUAUGGCUUCCUCCGAUCUCUCCAUGGGUUAAGCUUAAUAUUGAUGGCUUGGCUAAGGGUAAUCCUGGGCCUACAGCUUGUGGUGGUGUGUUUAGAGAUAGUAAUAGUCAUUUUACAUUGGUGGUUUCUGUCGUGGGCUCGGUAACCAAACUGACUUCUUCGCUGAAUUAAUGGGAGUUAUUCUUGGGUUGACUAUGCUUUUGAGUUUGGUUGGCGCUAUAUUUGGCUUGAGAGUAAUUCUACUAGUGUCCUUCCAUGCUUUACCUCUUCUUCCUUCUCUCCACCAUGGCCUCUUCGUAUUGCAUGGUUAAAUUGCGUAUCAAGCAUCCGAUCGAUGUCCUUUUAUUGCUCUCAUGUUCUUCGUGAAGGGAAUAUUGUUGCAGACAAAAUGGCGAACUUGGGUUUGGCUUCUUCUUCAUUGAUAUGGUAUGAGGUUCCACCACCUGCUCUCUCUUUUUUUCUUUGAAUGGAUGACUUGGGUGUUCCCUAUGGUUCCAUUGAAGCAAGGAUUUACUGCAGCACCACAUGUUUAUGGUUAUGUUGUAACCUUUUUAGAUUAGCAAAUGGAAUUAAGUUUUUCCAUCUUUUAUUUUUAUGCAUUGUACUUGAGGGUACAUUUCUGUCCCAUGUUUUUGUAAUU